AGUUACUGAACCACGUGAUUAAUAAACUGUCAUGGAAGAAGAAAAAGAAUAUUUUUUGGCACACGACAAAACGAAACAAGAAAACUUAUAUAUUAAGUGUUCAAGUUCGACCAAACUAUGCCCUAUACAUUGAAAUACUCCAAUAUAUAUAUUCUGUAAGAAUGGCAAACGUUAAUCUUUCAAUUGGGAAACUUGUACCCGUUUUAAUAACCCACGUGGAAUUUCAGACGGGAGGCUGCAUCGGAUACGGCCAAUUCUGUGAUGCAGAAGUUGUUGACAGUCUGUCAGAGAAAGUCACACAAGCAGCCAACGCCUCUAGGCCAAUUGACGCAUGUGUGGUAAAUGAUAUUGUCCUUGCAUUGUAUCGUGAAGAUGAAAAUUGGUACAGGGCAAAAGUAUUGUCCACGAACGAUAACUCGCUCUCCGUAUUAUUCAUUGACUAUGGAAAUUCAGAAGUCGUUGACAUUAGCGAUGCAAGACUUGCCCCAACAGAGUUAAAGCAAUAUUCUGGUUUGGCAGUAAAUUGUGUUUUGGAAGACAUACAUCCAACUGACGGUAACACUUGGUCAAAUGGGGAUAAAGAAAAGAUACAAGAGGAUCUGCUAAAUAAAGAAUUUACCGCAGAAGUAACUGAUAUAGUAAGCAGUGGUUAUGUUAUUGCAUUAAAUACUGAAUCCGGCCAGUAUCAGUUUGGCUCAAAGGAAAAUGGGACGAUUGGAACAAACUUGGCAACAAUGAAUUUAACACCAGGUGAAAGCUACAAGGCAUACAUAGCAUAUGUUGACAGUGCAAAUAAAUUCUGGAUACAGUUAAAGCAGUUUGAAGUAAAUCUUGAAAACUUGAUGCAAGACAUAUCAGAUUACGCAGAGACUGAGGCUCAACCAUUACCACAGGCCAAACGUGGCACUUGUUGUAUAGCAAAAUUUAGUGAAGAUGCUGUCCCAUACAGGUCAAAAGUUUUGGGAAUUACCAGUGAUAAAUGUCUAGUUCAGUUUGUUGACUAUGGAAAUUCAGAAUCAAAAAGUCUUGUUGAUUUAAUGGUGAUUCCUGAAAAGUUCUGUCAGUUACCAAUCCAAGGAUUUAAAUGUUGUUACACAAGAAGCAAGUUAAAAAGCAAUACAUUAGAUGAAAAAGUUCAGGAACUUACUUCAGAUGAAGAUGGUGUAAUUCUGACAGUUAUUUCCAAGUCUAGUGAUGAAUACAAAGUUGAAAUAGAUAAAAUAGAAAAACUAUCUGAUUCUGAAAGUAUAGAAGUCCAAGCAUUUGAGCCUUUGCCAAUAGAUUUAAACAAGGAUUUUGAUAUUUGUAUAUCACAUGUUUUUCAUCCAGGAAGAUUUUAUGUUCAGAUAAUUGAAAACGCUCCAAUUAUUGACAGUCUGAUGGAUAAAAUAUCUCAGGAAUUUGAAUCUAGUCGUAGUUUGUCAAGUAUAAAUGUUGGUUCACCUUGUAUUGCAAAAUUAAGUGAUGGUGCGUGUUAUAGAUCAGUAAUAAAAAGUGCUCAAAGUGACAAUGUGUUAGUGCUUGCUGUUGAUUUUGGAUUUGAAGAAUUGGUUAGUAAUUCACAGGUUAGAGAAAUUUCUCCACGUAGUAUGCCGAUACCAUCACAAGCUCUUGAAUGUACAGUAGAUUCCACAAAGAUAGAAGAAAAAAAUUGGUCUGAUAAAGAGAUCAGACUUUUGUCUGAAUUUGAAAGCAAGGAACCAUUGAUAGCUAAAGUGACUGCCAAGCGCGGAGCAAUUUUUCAAUUAGAUUUGCACGAUACAAAAGAUCCCGAAUUAGACCGAUACAUAAAUGCAGAAUUGUUAGGAGUUGGAAAAGGUAGUAAUGAAAGAAUAAUACAGAAUUCUAAAAUGACACCUAAAAAAGAACAAGUUAUGAUUCCAGGACCACAAGUAACAGUUGGUCAAAAAUUACUUGUAUGUGUGACAGCAAUGAAGUCUACAAACCAGUUUUUUGCUCAGAUGACAAAAUGUGCAAGUGAAAUUGGUGAAUUGCAACAGAAACUUCAUGCCAACUACGAAAAUUAUAGUAUGUCACAAGGCGUGAUGAAAAGUAUAGGAGUAGGAGAUGUUUGUUGUACGAAAUAUGUUGAUGGAGGUUGGUACAGAGGAAUUGUGACAGGUUUAGAACAAGGCAAAAUAGAAGUAAGCUUUGCAGACUUUGGAGAUUCAACAACCUCAAAUUUGAAUAAUCUGAAAGAAUUGCUACAAAGUUUUGCAGUGAUGCCUCAACAAUGUAUUCUUUGUCAGCUUCCUAGCUCGAGUACUGGAUUGACUAAGGAAACUGUAGAAAGUGUGCUGAUGAAUCAAGUAGUUGAGGUUCUGAUAAAGAUGAAGAAAGAUUUUUCAUUUCCUCUUUUUGAAGUCGAGUUAACUAGUCACCCUAAUAAUGGAAGAAUACUUCAGAAGUUGAAAGGACAGCCAUCUGUUCCUAGAAUUCCAAGACCAGCAAUGUCAAAUCAUGUUUCUAAUACAAGUUUUGCAGAUUCCCUAGAUGACUAUCAGCCUACGGUUGUCUCCCUGUAUUCAGCAGAAGAGGUUAUGGUGACUCAUGUUAUUGACCCUGAACACUUUCACUGUCAGAUGAAGAAAUUUGCUACUCACUUGGAUGAAAUCAUGCAAUCUCUAGAAGAUCAUUGUAAAAAACUUGGACCCAAUGAUGAUUGUAUAGGAGAUAUUCGUUUAGGACAGCCAUGUUUAGCUAAAUUUAGUGCUGAUAAUUCUUGGUACAGAGCUAAAGUUACAGGUCUCCUUGCUGGAAAGAACCUUGUGGAGGUGUUGUUCAUAGAUUAUGGUAAUACAGAAUGUCAGGAAAGAGAUGGAUUAAAGAUGGUACAACCUAAACAUUUAAACUUACCUUCUCAAGCAAUAUUUUGUGGUUUAUCAGGAAUUGCUCCCUCACAAGGGUAUUGGCCACCAGAACACAUUACACAAUUUGAAGAUUUGACACUUGACCAAAACUUUAACACAGUUUUCAAGAAAUGGAACAAGGAAGAAGAUAGAUACUCAGUAGAGAUGACGACAUUACCAGGAGAAAGCUUAAAUCUCAAAUUUGGCAGUAUGUCAAAUUCACUUUGUUCAGAGCAAUCAGAUGAUCGUGGAAGAAACAGAUCUGUAGAAAUGUCUGGCAAUAAUGAUAUGAAGGUGAAAGUUGGUGGGUUUGGUGACUCUGAUGGAGGUAGAGGCUUUGGUGCAGCCAGUCGUAGCUUUGGUGGACGGGAUGAAGAUUCUGGUAGAGGUGGCCGCAGAGGUGGUUAUGGUGGUGAUAGAGGAGGAAGAGGAGGAUUUGGGGGUGGAGACAGAAAUGGUGACGGUGGGGAUAGAGGUGGAAGAAGAGGAGGGUUUGGUGGAGACAGAGGAGGACGUGGAGGGUUUGGUGGUGGAGAUAGAAGUAGUGGAUUUGGUGCAUCAACAAAAACAGAUGACGACUGGGGAGAUGGAGCAUCAACUACAAAUACCAGUGCUGGAUUUGGUGGAAGUAGAAGUUUUGGAAGUGACAGAGGAGGAAGAGGCAGUUUUGGAGGCGAUAGAGGAGGAAGAGGCAGUUUUGGAGGUGAUAGAGGUGGACGUGGAGGAAGAAGUAAUGGGUUUGGAAGAGAAGACAGUAAUGAUGGAGGAUUCAGUAGCAGUAGAGGAGGUUUUGGAGGAGACCGAGGAGGACGUGGUGGAAGCAGAGGUGGCUUUGGUGGUGACAGAGAUGAUAGUGGACGUUCUAGUGGAUUUGGAGGGGAUCGGGGUGGUAGAGGAGGUAGUUUUGGUGGAGACAGAGGUGGCAGAGAUAGUGGAUUUGGUGGUGACAGAGGUGGAAGAGGCGGUAGUUUUGGUGGAGACAGGGGUGGCAGAGGAGGUGGAUUUGGUAGAGACAGAGGUGGUAGAGGAGGUGGAUUUGGUGGAGACAGAGGUGGUAGAGGAGGAAGUUUUAGUAGUGACAGAGGCGGCAGAGGAGGUGGAUUUGGUGGAGAUAGAGGUGGCAGAGAUAGUGGAUUUGGUGGUGGCAGAGGAGGUGGUGGUGACCAAGGUGGUAGAGGAGGAUUUGGUGGAGACAGAGGUGGAAGAGGUGGAGGUUUUGGUGGCGACAGUGGUAGCCGAGGAGGAGGUUUUGGUGGUGACAGAGGGGGAGGAUUUGGAGGAGACAGGGGAGGUGGCAGAAGUGGGGGAUUUGGAGGUGGAGGUUUUGGUGGUAAUACAGUUCAAGCUUCUGCUGAUGAAGAUUGGGGAGAUACUACAUCAAGCCCACCAGCAGCUAAACCAGUUACAGACAGAAAAGGAAAUGGAGAUAGUUGGGAUGUUAAACCAUCAGGAAGCCCUGCAGUGAUCCAUAGUGGUGGUGGUGAUGGUGAUGAUAAAUGGACACAUAAAAACUUGAAUAGAUUUGUGUCUCAGAAAUUUGUACUUGGGAAAUCUUUAACUGUUAGUGUUGUCUAUUCAAAUAACCCAGGUGAAUUCUGGUGCCAGAGUUUGGAUCAAGUACCUGCUUUUGAAGAAAUGUCGGAAAAUAUGAACAAAGAAUACAACAGUAUUACUGGUAAUGACUUGAAUCUUGACAAACCAGAAAUACAGAUGCCAUGUAUUGCCAAAUUUUCUGAAGAUGAACAAUGGUACAGAGCAGAAAUUAUAAGCAGUAAAGGAGAUGACUUAGAGGUUUUAUUUGUUGACUAUGGAAACACAGAAACAGUAUUGAAAUCGUCUGCAAAAUCCAUCAAAAAGCAAUACUAUAGUAUGCCAGUACAGGGAAUUAAAUGCUCAAUGAACAAUCUAAAGCCAAAUGGUAAAUCUUGGUCAGAAAAAUCAAAUGAUGAUUUCUCUACAUUAACAACUGACAAAAAUACAGAAUUGAAAUUUAUAAGUCUAUCGUCUGGAACUUAUGAAGUAGAGUUGAAAGAUACUGACACACAAGAUGACAUUGCAGCCAAAUUAGUAGAAAUGGGUCAUGCCACAUUUUCGCCAGGAAGUCAAAAAGUUAUCAACCCUUACCCAUGUAUUACACUACCUCCAGACACAACAAAAGAAGUGUUUGUAUCAUGGAUUGAUAAUCCACAUUGUUUUUGGAUUCAGCUCUCUGAGGCUACUGAUAGUCUAAAUGAACUUGUUGAGAAAAUUCAAGAGGAAUAUACAUCAGGACCAUCUGCAAGUUCUACUGUUGAGAAAGCAGAAGUAGGAAUGCAGGUUAUAGCUCAAUUUACAGACGACAAUGCCUGGUAUAGAGCUUACAUUGAGAGUAUAGAUGCUGGGAAAAGUUGUGUACGUUUUAUUGACUAUGGCAACUCUGAUAAAGUAGAAAUGGAAAAGUUGCGUAAACCUACUCCAGAAUUGUUAAGUACAAAUGCAUAUGCAUUUAGAUGUAAAUUAGCUGGAGUGAAACCAUUACAAGCAGGUUGGAAUGUUGACUCUAAGGAUAUAAUGGAAAGUCUGGUAGACGAUGCUGUCACUUGUCUUGUCAAGUCUUUUGACAAGGAUGAAUGUACUGUAGAGAUUACAGUGGGGUCUAAAAACAUUGCAGAGGAACUAAUCAACACAGCAGUGGCUAGAAAAGAUGAAGGUCCAGUAGAAAUAGUUAAACCAGUAACUACCACAGAUAUACCAUCAAGCUCACAACCAAGUAGCUCACACAGUUCUAUACCAAGUAGAUCUAUAAAUAAAAAAAAUCCAGUCUCUGCGUUUGUUAGCUCAGUUAUAUCUCCGUCCAAAUUUUAUAUCCAGUUUGCAGAUGAAGAGGCCGCCUUGGAAAAAUUAGUCAGUAGUUUACAAAUAGCUUAUAAUGAGAACUCAGGAGAGGGAACAGAUUCUGCUGUAAUGGGACAAUAUUAUUGUACAAAGUAUACAGAGGAUGAUUCAUGGUACCGUGCCAUUGUAGAAAGCCUUGGUGAUAAAGUAACAGUCUGUUUUGUAGAUUAUGGUAAUUCUGAAAGUGUCAAUAUGUCAGAUUUGAAACUAUUAAAACCUGAAUUCUCCACUUUACCUGCAUUUGCUGUAAACAGUUGUUUGUCUGGGGUUGAACCAGUCACAGAUAAAUGGUCAGAUGAGGCCAAUACAGCUUUUGAAGAAGCAGUUGUAGACCAAGAGUUAACUGUUAGUUUUACCACCGAUUCUGAAGUAUCUGUUUCCAAUGGGGAAGGAGAUGUAGCUGAGAGUUUGAUUACAGCAGGACAUGCCAGAGCCAGAACUAACUCUGAUUCUACAAACACUACAGAGAGUAAAUUAUCUAUUGAAGAUCAGCUUACACCAGUUGGAGAAACACUUGUCUAUAUAUCUGCUAUAGAGGACAAAGGAUUUUAUUUACAAUUGUCAAGUCAGGAAACUACACUACAAACCAUGUCAGACCUAUUACAAACAUUAUGUCCAACACUACAACCUGUCAAUCUAACAUCACUAUCAGUUGGAAGCUUCUGCUGUGGUAAAUUUUCUGAAGAUGAAGCAUGGUAUAGAGCAGUUGUGACUGACAUAAAAGAUCAAGAAGUUACUGUCACCUUCAUUGAUUAUGGAAAUGGGGAAACAUUACCAGUUAGUAGUCUUAAACAGCUGCACAAAGAUAUACUGUCCCCAGCUAUGGCAUUCCAUUGUUGUUUAGAUGGUUGUGAAUCUGUAGACCCAACCAUACUAGAGCCAAGACUUACAGCCCUGAUGGAUUCAACAGAAUUGAAUGCUUCGUUUAUGGGAAAGAUAGGAGAUUUGUACAAAGUUGUGCUUACAGAUAGUGGUGUAAAUGUGAACCAAGAAUUAGGUGAUAAAGCUGCUGUUCUAGCUGGUGAUGUCAUGGUCCUUGACGAAACAGGAGAUGCACAAAAACUCUCUGAGGCUCCACAGGAACCAGUAACACAUAGUUUGAAAGACUUGAAAUUAGUAACUUUGAAAGAUGGAGAAAGAAUCUCAGUAACCGUUAGCCAUAGUGACAGUCCAAGUAAAUUCUAUGUUAAUAAAGAAGAAAAUGCCACCAAAAUAAGCACCUUAAUGGAUGAUAUGUUCAAUUUCUAUUCUAACUUAUCUGAAAAGCAAUAUGAAAUAACAAAGUUGGAACCUCAAAUGGUUUGUGCAGCAAAAUUUUCUGAAGAUGAUACAUGGUAUCGAGUCAAAGUGACAUCAGUUGACAGAGAGAAGUGCCAUAUUUUCUAUUUAGAUCAUGGAAAUUCAGAAGAAACUUCAAUAACAUGUUUGAAACAGUUGUUAACAAAAUUUACAGAAUUACCCAUUCAGGGCAUUUCAUGUAUAUUGUCUGGUAUUGGUGCCACAGGAGACAAAUGGAGUGAUGAGGAUUUCACACUAUUUGAUGAACUAACCAGCGAGAAGAGCCUACUAGCAGAUGUGAUUGGUCAUGGCAAAGGUAGAUCAUACAUUGUACAAUUGUUGGAUAUGGGUAUAUCAGUCAGCCAGUCUAUGAUUGAGAAGUCACAUGGUAUUGUGGUAUCAACUCCAUGUGUUAACACUAGAGUGAGAAGAGUGUUCUCCGACUCCAGUGAUGUUGCCAGUCCUAUGAGAAUGAAGAUGCCUUCUCUGACCACAGACGAAGAAUCAAUACUGGAGGAUACAUUUUAUGGGUAUUCCAGAUUGUCCUAUGAAGUUGAUAAAGAUUACCCAGUGAAGGUUUCCCAGAUAGAGAAUCCCACCUGUUUCUGGUGUCAGAUAUUGGACCCAGAAAACAAACUUGAUAAUCUUAUGGACAGUUUACAGGUUAAAUACACUGAUUCAGUGGAUAAUGUAGACGAAAUAGAUACACCUUGUGUAGCCAAGUGUAAAGGUGAUGGUCGCUACUACAGAGGUGUCACUAGAUCAAAACAAGAAAAUGGAGAAUUAACAGUAUUAUUUGUAGACUAUGGUAGUACGUAUUGUGUACUGGCAGAUGAUGUGAAGGCAAUCAAAAGUGACGAUAUUGAGCUUCCGAUGCAAGCUGUAGAUUGUAUGUUACAUGACAUUGACCUUGAUGAAUCUUACGAUGACUGGGACGAGGAGGCGUGUGAAUUCUUUGAGGCCCUCUGUGAGGAUAAGACAUUAACAAUGAAAGUGAAACAAGUAUGUUAUGAAGGAAUAUCAGUUUAUCUGUAUGAUGGAGAUAAAGAUUUAAGUAGUCUUUUGGCAGAAAAUGAUUUUGUAAAUCUUGUAUCUCAGAAAAAUGACAGCUGUGUUUCUGAAGAAGAAAAGACACCUGUAAAACAUAGCCCUAAGAAGGAAGUUACAGCAGAAGUAUUGGGACGGUUAUUGUCAACUGAUUCUGAAUACCAUGUGAUUAUUUCCCAUGUAAAUGAUCCAUCAAGUUUCUAUGUGCUGUUUCGAGAUAAUGCACUUGAAUCUAUUGAAGAGGCAAUCAACAAACAUAUUACAGAGAAUCCAGAUGAUAAUCUGUCUGAGGAUCUUAUUAAAGUUGAUGAACUUUGUUUAGCUUGUUGCAAAGAUGUAAAAGACUGGCAGAGGGCUAAAAUUGAAGAAGUUCAAGACGAUGGAAUUCAGGUCCAUUUGAUAGACAUAGGAAGUAAAGAGUUGGUAAAAAAGACUGACCUGAGAAAGAUACCUGAAGAUAUUAGUAAAUACCCACCGCAGACUUUCCUCUGUGAGCUUGAUGAUAUUAAACCAGUUGAUGAUCAAAAGAAAUGGUCUGAAGACACAGUUGUUUAUUUUCAAGAUGUUUGUACUCCUGGUGAAGAAAUGGUGAUCUAUUUCUGUGAUCGUACUGAAGAUAAGUUGGCGGUUUCUCUAUUUGAUGGAUCAGUGAAGACACAACAUGAACAGGAUCAACAGUUGGGUGUACAGUUAGUCAAACUAGGCUUUGCUGAUUAUAUACCUGGAUCUAUAAUAGAAGAAAUAAUCAUGGAAGAAGAAAAUACAGAACCAUUGUUUAAUGAGAUGUCUUUACACAGGGAGAACUCUUAUGGCAGCACAGAGGAACAGGAUACAAGUGCUUUAGAUGACUCCAGUAUGUGCCCAGGUGAAACCACCUCUGAUCUUUCUACUUACCCAGAGGAGUCGGAAUUAGAGACCACUGCCUCAGACAGCUUUUCCUUUGUUGAUUUUAAACCAGUGCCAAAAAUAAAAGGUGAUGAUUUGGAAGGAAUACCAGCAAAGAAAGGAGAGGAUGAAGAAGACGAUGAAUUUUAUGAUGCUGAGGAUGAAAAGGAAGAAAGCCAGGUUGUUGAUGAGUUGGAUGGAGGUUGUGAAAAUAUUGAAAUUCAACAAAAAUUAGAAACACAAACUGGAGAAGAAAAUCAGAUAGAGCCAGACUUAAUAGAGCCUGAAAAAGAAAUUCAGUUAGAAAGUGAACAGUUGCAAUCAGAAAUACAACCCGAAAAAGAAAAUUCGGAAGAAACUGAACCCAACAAAACAGAAACCCAACUUGAAGGUGGUAAUCAAAAUGAAGAGCAGCAAUCAGAAAUCACAGAGGGACAAGAUUUAGAAACUGACGGUCAAAAUGAAACAAACAUAGAAAAUGACAAUGAAAAGAAAGGGGAUGCAGAAAGUGAUGAAGAAGACACCAUUAAAGACCUAAGCGAUGAAGAACAUGGAGAGGAACAAUCUAAACCCAGUCAAGAUAUAGGAGAAAUAGACAGCAGAUUAAAAGAAUGUUCUAUCGUUGAGAAAAAUAAUCCAUCAAAAGAAAUACAAGAUAUCAAAACUGAUGAUUUAUCCAAUUCUGAAGCUGCUGAAUCAGAUCAAAAUGAGGACCCAAAACAUAUUAUUGAACAAUUUAUAAAACAUUCAGUUGAAGAAGUUGCAAUAGAAAAGUAUAAAAAAGAAAUGGAAGAAAGAGAACUUAGCCUGAAAGAAGAUGGACCUAAUGCAGUUAACAAUAAUGUUGAAAAGGAUGAUGAUGACCUUGUACAAGAGAUUGAUCAAUUAACCGUGGAAGAUGAAACAGAGAAUGCUCAAAAAUCAACAGAGGGAGAUGAAACAGAUAAUGCUCAAAAAUCAACAGAGGAAAAUGUGGAGGACACUGAUGAUAUUGAAAAGACAACUGAAGAAGGAAGUGAAGGAAAAGAGGAGGAAGAGUCACAAACUGAUCAUGUUAAUCCUAGAGACCAAGAGGAAGAUGUUGACUUCGCAGGAAAAGAGGUUGAAAUACAGAGGACUGGAAAUGAUGAUAAUACAGAUGAAAACAAAGAUAAAGAUGAUACAACUGAAACUCUAGACGAAGAAAAGGAUAUAAAUGAAGAGGAAACUGUAGAUGAAGAAAAGGAUACAAGUAAAGGUGAUAGGUCACAGAAGGAAACUCUAGACGAAGAAAUUUAUAAAAGUGAUGAGGAUGAAUCACAGGAAGAAAAUCAAGACGAAGAAAAGAACUCAAGUGACGAAGAUAAGUCACAGAAGGAAACUCUAGAAGAAGAAAAUGACAAAAGUGAUGAAGAUGACUCACAGAAAGAAACUUCAGACAAAGAAAGAAAUAAAGUUGAAGCUGAAGAUGAUACAGAUAAAUCUGAUGAUCUUAUUAAGGACGAACAAGCCUAGGACGAAGUUAGAAUUGUUAUCAAAAUGGUUCAAUAAUAAUGAGCCAAAAUGCAAUGUGGAAAAAAAUAUGUUCACAUUGAAUAAUGCACAUAAUGACGAUGUAUUUUUGUAUGAUUGAGUUUAUUUCCCUUUAUGGGUUUGUUAGUUUUAGAAUUUAUUUUUGUUAACAAAAACAAUGACUAUUUCACAUGUAGCAUAAUAUGUGUUUUGAUGAAGAAGGACUAUUCAUGUUUUGUUACAGAUGGUGCUGCUUAUUAUAUAGUGCUUUUGUAUUGUUAAUAGUAUCAUAUUUAGUUCACACAUAGUAGUAGUAGUUAUAGAUUGGUUUAAGUUUUUAUGUGCAAUGGAACCGAUUUUAAAUGAGAAAAGGGAAGUAAUUUUUUAAGUCAAAUAUGAUGAAAUGUAUAGCUUGAUCUUCGUGGUUUUUUAUUUUCAAUUUUUCUCAUCCCAAAAGAUAAGUCAUUUAUAAAAUAGUAAGCUAUCUGAUUAUGUGCUUAUUGCAAUUAUCUUCGCACCAGAGCUUCAUUGGAUAGGCAGAUAUUUGCAUAUUUUUAAAUGGUCAUUUUUUCUUCUUUCAAAGUAAGUAGGAUACGUUAAAACUAUUUCAUGCAUGGAAUAGAACUUUUUUUCACAUAUCAAGACAAUGUUGUCAGCACUGUACUUUAAGACUCAUUAACAGAUGAAGGUUAAAAUUUUGGUCUUUAUAUAGCAGUUUUGAUAAAGAUAGAAUUUAAAUCUAGCAAAAGUCAAUUUUUUUUCAGUUCUAUUAUGCAAGUGUCAAGAUUAAAGCUAGGCGUUUUUAGUUUGAAGGAAUGUAAAGCAGCACUUAAGACUUGCUAGAGCUUUGAAUGAUUUAUAAGUUAAUUGGAUAAUUCAGUAAGUACCACUAGCAUAGAAAAAUAGCUGAAUACCUGGAAGAACAUUUUUGAUAGUACAAAAAAGGUGAUGGUUGGAUGCUUAUAGUCCAGUGGCUAAUAUUUCAUGCACAUUAAAGAUUAAAUCACAAAUAGAAACUUAAGUUCAGAUGACACGUAUUGAAACUAUGUACCUAAAAGGAAUGAACUAGCAAUCAAAGUAAGUUAUUUUAAGGAUAAAUAAGGAAUUAAACUGUUUAAAAAAGAUAUGAUCCAGAACUUUAAUUUGAGAUAAUUGGAGGGAGGUAUUUAUAGAACAAGAGAAGUGAUGUAGAAAAUGAACUUUUAUUAAGAGCCAAAUAUUUGUUUAAAAAUUGGUACAAAAAGAAUAUGAAUGGCUGAUAGCUGUAAAGUGCUAAUUGUGGAUAGAGUUCAUAUUUAAUGGUAUAAAUUUGGCAUUGCAAAUAAUUCUUGAACGGAUUGUUUUACUUAGAAAACAUCAUAUCAGAUGACCAUCACUGAUUUAUACCUGCCUAAAACUCUGUAGUUAUCUUAAUUCAACACAAUUACUGUAUAUAUUCUGUAAACAAUGGUAACAUUUCUGUGGCAUUUUGCACAUGCUUUUACAGUUUUAAUGUAGUAAAGCAUUCUCUGCUGCAAGUAUAUACAAAUUAAUGACAUCACAUUGGGCAUAAGGGGCAUAAAUACAUAACUGUUGUAUCAAAAAAUGAUUUCAGAUUUUGGUUGUGUCUGAUUAUUUUUAGUUGUAUCAAAGAAUUUGUCCUAAGCUAUAACAUGGCAGUAAAAUGUGUGUAUAUUUACACCUGUACUGGUAUUCAUGUCAAAUUUCAGAUUGCACAGGAUAGCAGUUUAUGAAUUAUGCGUUCUUAUUUUUUAUAUUGAAAGAAGUUUCUGUUGGUAAUCAUGUGACCUACUGUUUUAUUAUCGCAAAGUUGUUAUUAAACUGUUUAUCUUAACUUUAA